CCCCACUCUUCAUUCAUUUUCUGCUUCUCUUUCUCUUAAUUCUUCCUCCAAAUUCCGAUCUAUAUUCGGCCGGCGGGCAGUAACAUAUACAAAUUGAAAUAAGAAAAAUAAUAUGGAAAACGCGAUCCAGGAGCUCCUGAGAGGACAGGAAUUCACCUGCCAGCUGAAGCUGCUCCUAACCGUUGAUUCCAGCCAAUCAUUCCUUGCUCGGAAAGGCGGAUGCGCUCAAGACCUGGUCGGAAAGAUCUUAUCCACAUUCACUCACACCAUCUCGCUCCUCAACACUGCCACUGCUACAAUUCCCAAUGUCGACUCCUCCGAUGAGGCCUCUCAGCUCUCUCACCUGGCUGGGCCCCGCAAGUCGUCCGACAGCUCCACCGCCGAAACUAGCACAAAGAAAAGAAAGACAGCCGCAACAUCCCAGGAAUCGUGGGUUAAAGAGAGCCCGACCGUGGACGACGACGGAUACGCGUGGAGGAAGUACGGGCAGAAGACCAUUCUCAACUCCGACUUCUCCAGGCACUACUACAGGUGCACUUACAAGUUGGACCACAACUGCCCGGCCACCAAGCAGGUCCAAAUGAUUCAGGCCCGGCCCAGCCCGCUCUACCGGACCACCUACUCGGCCCACCACACCUGCACCCACUUCCGUACCCCCCACCGUUCUUCUCACCAACACUACUUCCUGGUGGACCCCGUCGAUGAUUCGUCCAACCGCAACAAUAUCAUCAGCUUCAGCAGCAGCACAAACAGCAUUAAUACCCCUUUUCUCACCUCAUUCUCCGCAUCAUCAUCUGCUCCUCCGGUUGUGAGGCAGCAGCAAACGUCGUCGUCGAGCAACGCGGUCAGCUGUGGUCAUCAACCGGCCCAAGACCGACCGGCGGUGUGCUCUGAGGGCGACGACGACUACGACGUGUUCUCCUCGCUUGUUGAUGGCGACUUUGAUCAAGAGUUGUCAGCUACAAUAUUUCAUGACAACUGCGACAGCAGCAGCAGUGCUAGUUUCAUGCGGAUGAUGAUGAUGCAUUCCGGUGAUGACCUCGGGGGCUUCUUGAUUUAA